AUGAGUUCUUUGUUCAAAUUGAUCGAUAUGGCUUCAGCACCACCAGCACUCUGUUUUAACGAAAUAUUCAAAUAUCUACGUGGUGAUAUUUCUUCGCUACAUUCUUGUGCUCUGGUAAACCAUCACUGGUCGGAGCACGCCAUUCCGGAACUAUGGCGCGAUCCAUUCGUUGUCACUAAAUUUAAAAGUCGUCGUACCAAUCUUAUUUAUUCGCUAUUACCUUUUCUUGAUCAUAAUGCCAAACAUCAAUUCGCUCCAUCUGCUCUUUAUCGAUCCCCCUGCUAUCACUACUUGUCUUAUAUGAGAAAUUUUAGCUUCUCAGGACUUAUCAAGAUUAGCAAGGGCAUUGCACGUGAAGUAGUACCCGAAAAUUACAAGAAAAGCGUCUUUAAAAAACCUAUCGACACAAAAUUUGUCAAAGUACUUUGUCGUGCAAUUGUCAGCUGCUGUCAUAAUCUUGAGAGUCUCGAUAAUGAUUUAACUGCUCCUUUCUUUCAGAAUCGUUUCCAUAUCAAUCAACAGCAAUUAACUGCAUCGCAAUGGAACUUUUUUAUGUUUCCAGGAGCGAAGACUUCAUUUAGUCGCUUGCGAUGUUUGUAUGUCGAUAAUCUUAAUGCUAAUUCAAUCAUAAAUUCCGCUGUUACUGUUGUUCCUGAACUUAAGGAAAUUACCAUUCGCAUGUACACUAAGAACUUCAAGAAUAGGCUCACUACUAUGACCUAUUCUGAUGAAUUGCUUCCAAAGUCUUCAUUAUACAUGCUUAACUCAUUUCCUAAAUUGGAACGUUUUAACAUUGUCGAAGGCCAGCGGACAAAAUGGAGAUCAUUUAACGCCAGCUCAUUUCUUAUUUUUAUUGGUCAUAAACUUCCCAAAACAGUCAAGCAUUUUUGCUUCGACAUCAAUUGCGAAUUUUCUACCAAUGCUCUUAAAGAAUUUCUUGAUAAUACAGCAAGUCAUUUAACCUCUUUAUCAUUUGCCAGAUCCAAAAAAUUUUCUCGUGAUCAUCUUGAUGUUAUCUGUAAACACAAAGAUAUUCAUAUCGAAAUGUUAGACAUAUCAAGUUCAAAAAUAACAGAUAAGUCCAUUUUAGACCUGGCAACAGCACAGAUUUCGACGGUUCGUUUUGAUUCCACCAUGAAAGGACAUGCUCCUGAUACGGAUGAUAAAUUUCAAGAUCUUGAUGAUCCAUACUUCAGGCGCAAUUGGAGUGACUAUUAUAAUGAUGCGCCUGAGAGGUAG